AUGAGUUCGGUUCAUGAUCGAAGAACACAAAUUCCCGAUAGAAAAAUGCAACCACAAUCAAGCCGCAUUUUGUACGAUAUACCUUGCAAAGUCUGUCGCGAUCACUCAUCAGGUAAACACUACGGAAUAUUUGCCUGUGAUGGCUGCGCUGGCUUCUUCAAACGAUCUAUUCGACGCAAUCGUCAGUACGUUUGCAAAGCUAAGUCUGAGGGUGGAUGUAUGGUUGAUAAAACUCACCGCAAUCAAUGCAGAGCUUGUCGGCUCAAAAAGUGCAUCCAAGUUGGCAUGAACAAAGAAGCUGUUCAGCAUGAACGGGGACCCAGAAAUGCUACACUCCGUAGACAAAUGGCUUUGUACUUCAAAGAACCCGAAGCAAUUAACAACAUGACGGCUAACAUGAUAACACCACCACCACCACCACCACCACCACCACCGGCUACCGUGUUGAAUCUGGCAUUACCGAAAAAUCCGAAUGAUGAGAUACGAGCAUCUGUUCUGGGGAAUGCUGGUCCUCCCGCUCAUAUUAAUCUUUACUCUGGAAGUAUUCCGCUACCUAAAAUCGGCUCUUAUCGAUCAUAUAUUCCCGUCAGUAUGCCAGCGAUUCCACCGAUUCCAUUGGGGAACUUCUUCAACCCAGACGCAGUCUGUGAGCAAGCGGCACGCAUAUUGUUCCUAAACGUCCGUUGGGCAAAAGACUUGACCAUGGGCACGGGUCUCUGCUUGGAGGACCAACUGACGCUCCUCGAGGCAUCUUGGCGCGAUAAAUUUCUGAUAUCGACGGCCCAAAUGUCACCAGGACUGGAUCCAGGUGUUCUGCUGAACCCCGAGCAGCAAAACAACCCUCUGGUGUUAGAAGUUCACCGUUUCCGCGAAGUAAUGGCAGCAAUAACCGCCGCAGCCAUGGACCCCCAUGAGUUCGCUUGUUUGCGAGCCAUCGUAUUCUUCACCUCCAUUCUCGAGGAGUCCAAGAGACAAAUGACUAGCCAGAACAGUGACGGGUCAGUGUCACCCCCUUCACCAGCCCUAGCAUCGAGGUACCGAGUAAAGGACCUCGCUACCAUCAUGCGGCUGCGCGACGGAGUUUACUUGGCACUAGGACAAAUGCUCAGCCACUCAUCCUACGGGGCUUUGAGAUUCGGCAGAAUAUUACUGUUGCUCCCCUUUUUGAGGUCUGUUUCGAGUAGUGCUAUUGAAGCCUUAUUUUUCCGUCGGACUAUUGGUGCUAUUCCUAUUGAACGGAUCAUAUGUGACGUUUAUAAGACGCAAUGA